AUGAUGAUGAUCUCCACCUCCUCUCUCUCUCCCCUCGUGUGUGCGCGUGUCCACGUCAAUGAGACACGGCAGAGAUAGAGAGAGAGGGAGAGAGAGAGCGAGACACUCCGUGGAUUUCCAUGCGGACACCUGUGCACGUGCUUGUUUUUGCGGAUUUCCUCUUCCGUUUUCCCCCUGUCGCAUUCCAUCCAUCCACAAGAGGAGUGUAUGUUUUUUUGGUGGAGGUGGGGGGGAUGAUCUUCUUUCUGUCUGCGUCGUUUCCAUGCCAGCAUGGGAACCUCCGUGUCCAAAAGGAGGAAUCUGAGACACGACGCGAUAUCAUCCGUGGCGGCAAAAGUUAGAGCGGCACGAGCAUUCGGAGACUACCUGUCCCACACACACCCCGACAACCGAAACGGAUCAGCUCAUCUCCUGUGUGAGACCUUGGUGGCCGCUGAUCCAGAGUCGCCAACCGGGCCCAACGACCACCAGCUUCAGUUGGACUUGGACAAGGACUCGGACGACAGAGUGCAGAACUCGGCAGCAAAGACUCCUUUGGGUCCACAACAGGCGCCUUCCAUCAGCGUCUCCGGUAAGCCGGUGCGUCUCUCCUUGGAGCGCAGCUUCUCGGCAGAGGAGGACGAGCAGAAGGCCGUGCAGUGCAGCCUCCACCCGGCCCGUGUCUACACCAUCACCACUCGGCACGGUAUGCUGAUGAGCGGCGGGCGGGGCAGCAAGGAGAGCCUAGAACUGGACGUCCUCAAGGAGAGGUCAGGGAGUGGAGGACCCAAGGGGGGCCACGCUACCUUGAUCCAGCCCUCCACCUCCCCGUCCUCCUCUUCGUCGUCCCCUACCCAGCAUGCCGGAGGCGGGCGCGGCGGCCACCACCACCAUGGCGGCAACCACCACCACCACCAUCCAGGACCAAGCGGAGCAGCAGGAGGAGGAGGAGCCUGUGGGGCGAGCGGGAGCAGCAACCAGCACUCCCACCACGUAGUGGCGCACCACCACCACCAUCACCACCUUGUCCAGCCCCCCUUGCAGACGUCCGUCAGCGCCCACAACAUCCGUAGCUGGGGGGACAACAGCGCUAAAGGGGACGCGGAGUGCGGCGGGCUGGCCUGCGACUCCUGCAGCGCCGUGCCCUCACGAAGCCAAGGGUCAUUGGACCUGGAGAGUGCCACUCGAGAGCCAGGCAAGCAGCACCGACGCCUAGAGAGGAUGUGGAGUGUGGACCGGGUGACUGGGCUGGAGAGAGACGACGCUAACUGGUUCCCCAAGGAAAACAUGUUCACCUUUCAGACGGCGACGACCACCAUGCAGGCGUGAGUGAACUUCCGGAAGCAUCUUCGGAUGGUGGGCAGCAGGAGGAUUAAAGCGCAGACGUUUGCUGAGCGUAGAUCGAAGAGUUUCAGCCGCUCCUGGAGUGACCCCACCCCUGUCAAGACUGACUCUCCUCAUGAGCCCAGAGACAGUGGAGACCUGCAGACAUCCUGCGGCACUCUGGACGAGGGCGGCGUUGAUGACUCAGCCGACUGGGAGGAGGAGAGGGAGAUGGAGCGCCUCGCCUGCGAGGGAGACGACUUUGUACCUCCGAAGAUCAUGCUGAUCUCCUCCAAGGUCCCCAAGGCGGAGUACGUGCCCACCAUCAUCCGCAGGGACGACCCCUCCAUCAUCCCCAUCCUCUACGACCACGAACACGCAACUUUUGAUGACAUUUUGGAGGAGAUCGAGAAGAAGCUCACAGCCUACAGGAGAGGAAGCAAGUUCUGGAGGAUGCUCAUCUUUUGUCAGGGAGGCCCGGGUCAUCUCUACCUGCUGAAGAAUAAAGUAGCGACUUUUGCAAAAGUGGAGAAGGAAGAGGACAUGAGCCAAUUCUGGAGACGACUGAGCCGACUGAUGAGUAAAGUCAACCCGGAGCCCAACCUCAUCCACAUCAUGGGAUGCUACGUCUUGGGGAACCCCAAUGGAGAGAAGCUGUUCCAGAAAUUGAAGAAUCUGAUGAGGCCUUAUUCUGUGGAGUUUGAAUCCCCGCUGGAGCUUUCCGCGCAGGGCAAAGAGAUGAUCGAGAUGUACUUUGACUUCCGGCUGUACCGCCUUUGGAAGACACGCCAGCAUUCCAAACUGUUGGACUAUGAGGACUUUUUGUGACGAAAGACACCCGAGAGAGGAAGAGGAAGGUGAGGAUGACGUUGCUAACCUCUCGUGCCACGGGGACUAUCUCUCUAUCUCACACCACUUUGAUUCUCUAAGAGAAAAAAUAAGAGAAAAAAAAACAAGUAGGGAGAUGGACUGUUACCAUCUCUCCCAACAGUCAACCAUGAGGCUAAUAUCGUGGCGUGGUGCGUAUGAUCCAUGACUAAUCCAUACAUCCACCCAUGGUGUCUGUCGUGUAUGAAUAGAUCCCCAGUAGAAGCCCGGUCAGAUGCAUCCUUUCUUCUUCAUGUGCAUUUGCUGUGACCUUCCUUUUCUUCUCCUCUUCUCUUCUAACUCAGGUUUUCAGCCAUUAAGUAACAAUUGUGUCUCUUGGCUCAGCAUAUUGUAAUCGCCAGUGUUUGAAUGUGUUUGCUUACCGUGGGGGAAAAAAAAAAAAAAAGAAGAAGCUCAAUGUAUUUAUUCAUUUUCCUGCUGUGAUGUCAAGAAGGAUGUAAUAGCCAUCCAUCAACUUGUUGCUCUGAUGAUUACCCCCAAGAAUAAAAGUACCCACCCCCGAAAAUCCCUCUAUACACCUUUAGGGAUGGGCAUUUAUCUACAUUCCCAUGCAGGACUUCUGUUUUUUUAUAUUUAAGUGUAGUUUGUGCUCACUGAGCAGAAGAACUGGAACAAACGAGAAUAUGACCUGUUGGUUUGCCCUAAUCCAAUACUGCUACCACAUCACUGCAAUCAGGAGAACCAGAGUAUAGAGCGGGAGGAGCCACCUGGCGUGGCCCAGCAAGGUGCACCGUAUUCGGGCACACACGCUCCGAGCAGCCGGUGUGACGCCACGGACGUCUCCGGCAAAACUUUUGUAUUUUUCAAAUGCCGCGGCGCUGGCGUUUCAGGUGGCUGAGAAGGUUUUUCGUGUUUACAAGUGAGGGCAGGGGAAGUUACGACAGGCCGAUGAACAGGCAGGAGAAAAGAGGAGCGUUUGAUUUGCUCACCCACACGGUACGGGUAAUCUCGCCUCAUUGGAGCGAUUUUU